AUGGGGCUGAAGGGCUUUGGAAACCCACUGGGCUCUCUUUAUCCAACCCCCUGGUCCCCGGAUGUAACAAGACAAUCAAGACCUGACCUGAGACCGAGUGUUUCCAAAAUGGCGGCAGCGAAGGAUGCGGAUACCCCCAGCAGCACCAACAGCGGCACCAACAGCGACAGCAACAGCGGCGCGGAUACCCCCAGCAGCACCAACAGCAGCGGCAACAGCGGUGAGGGCAAGAAGCGCUUUGAAGUGAAAAACUGGAAAGCAGUAGCCCUCUGGACCUGGGACCUUGAUGUUGAUAACUGUGCCAUCUGCAGGAACCACACUAUGGAUCUUUGCAUAGAAUGUCAGGCGAACCAGGCCUCUGCCACUUCCGAAGAGUGCACCGUUGCGUGGGGAGUCUGUAAUCAUGCUUUUCACUUGCACUGCAUCUCUCGCUGGCUCAAAACACGGCCCGUGUGUCCGCUGGACAGCAGCGAGUGGGUUUUCCAAAAGUACGGGCAAUAGAAAAAGAAUAUUCUCCAUCAAGCUCAACUGUUUUGUUAUUCGUUUAAUGACUUACCCUCCUGUUACUUCAUUGUAAGUUAGAUAGGACUGGGUCUUUUCCGCUUUGUCUUUGCAGUUUGCUAUUCCUGCAGUCCUAUCGUGUUCCGGGUCAAAUAAAAUCCAGUUGGCUUCUUAAAAAACAAACAAACAAAAGAAAAA